CGCUAACGCACUCCCAGUGAGACGUACAUGGAGCGAGACAGAGCACAGAGGGAGGACGUUCAGGAAAUCAUGCUCUCCUCAUCUGAGGGCUUCUGAAGAAAACUGCUGGCGGGGGGAAAAGUGUGGGAAAAAAAAGAAAAGAAGAGAAGAAAAGAAAAGGGAAAAUCUGACGCCAGUAAAAAGAGAGAAGACGAUAUAGGAAGAAGGAAGAAAAAAGAAGAACUUAAGGGGGGAGACAGCCGGAGAAGCGAGGGGGGCAGAAUUAACGACAGAGUUGAAGAUACACAGAUGUGAGAGAGAGAGAGAGAGAGAGAGAGAGAGAAAGAAAGAGAGAGAGAGAGAGAGAGAAUUACGGACAUACAGAAGUUUAAAAAUUCUUUGCUGGAGCCAGAGGUCGACUCGACAGAAAGGAUGACCUCACUGUACGUUUCAUUUUAACGCGUGGAUCUUACUUGCAAGCGACUUGAUAUACUGUGGUCCUAUAACAUGUCAGACCCCACAGCGCAGUGACCUGAUAGGAGGAGGAGGAGGGGGAAGGACGAGGAAUGGGUGUGCAACGAAAGGGAGGAAGAGGAGCAGGGAAAUGGUAACCAGGAGGUUUUUGAACUAAAAGGGCGGACUAUGUACACAUUUCUCUGAACGCUGAACAUGAGAGUACGUAGACGUCCAUUUAAACCGUGGAGAAAGAUUGAUAACAGAGCACCCAGACUGCUGAGGGGCCUAAGAGAAGCCUACUGGACUUGACGGUAACAGAGAGAAAUCGCACGAGCAGGGGGAGGAAGAGGAGGAGAAAAUAGGGGAGUAAGGAAUGAGGACAAAAAGUGUGAACAAGAUAAGGAGGGGUUAAACAGACGAGGGAAGAGAAAGAUAGGCACUGAAAUCCUACAAUCCAAACAUUCGGGGGAUUUACAAAUUUAAAAGAAGGGGGGAUGAAAUUAUUCAUGCUGCACCAUCAGAAAGUAGAGAAGAGUCAUUAAGGGAUUUUUAAUAAGGAGGGUAAGAAGUAGCAUAGCUACGAGAGGAGAAAGAUCAUUUUCAAGCAGAUUUUUUUUUGUUCAUCAGCAAGUGUCAUCGACAGAAGAGGAGAUGUUUAUGAAUUUCAGGAGAAUCCACAAAUGUCAGUGUGUGCAGCUGCUGACCACCGGCCUAGUGUUGUGUGUGGUGAUGGUUUGCUGGGAACAGCUGGACCACCAUGUGGUCAGCCACAUGAGGUCCUACACCUACCGCUACCUGGUUAAUAGCUACGACUUCAUCAACACCUCCUUCGCUAUCAAUCCCCUUCAUCUUCAGCAUGGAGACGCCAACUCCGAGUUUGCGAUGGGCAGGGUGACAAACUAUCCGUAUCUCAUCAACCAUCCAAAUAAAUGCAUGCGCAGCAGCGACAUCCAUGGUGGAGACAGGAAAGGAAAAGAUGAUGUGCUUCUGCUUCUCUUCGUGAAAUCGUCGCCGGAGAACUUCGAACGGCGGCAGGCCAUAAGGGACACCUGGGGGAAUGAGAGCUACAUUCGGUUGAAGCUGGGCGAGAGCGUGAGGGUGGUGUUUGCCCUUGGCGUGCACCCGGAUGCACAGCAGAGACCCAGUGUGCAGAGCAAGCUCCUCGAGGAGGACCAGGCCAAUGGAGACCUGAUCCAGCAGGACUUUGUGGACACCUUCCACAACCUGACCCAGAAACUGAUCCUCCAGUUCCAUUGGGGCCACCUGUACUGCGCCCACGCUCACUUCUUCAUGACAGCUGACGACGACAUCUUUGUCCACGUGCCCAACUUGGUGAAGUACCUGCGGGACCUCCUUGCCACCCAGGCGGGGGCGAGGGACCUUUGGGUGGGGCAUGUACACAGGGGAGCGCCUCCUAAUCGGCGCAAGGACAGCAAAUAUUACGUUUCCAGUGAGCUGUACCCCUGGCCAGCCUACCCGGACUAUACCGCUGGUGCCGGGUACGUGGUGUCAGGGGACGUGGCUGCUAAGAUCUACCAGGCGACUCUCUUUCUCAACUCUUCCAUGUAUAUAGAUGACGUCUUCAUGGGAAUAUGUGCCAACACCGCGGGGGUUUCCCCACAGGAGCAUGUGUACUUCUCAGGAGAGGGCAAGGCGCCCUACCACCCCUGCAUCUACAAUCACAUGAUCACCUCGCACGGGCACGCUAAGGAUGUGCGCUCUGUGUGGCGAGCUGCUACGGACCCCGGACUUCACAGCCUCUCAUCUGGAUUUACGAGUGAACUGUACUGCACCGCAGUGAGAGUAAUGCUGCUCUGCCGGCCGUAUUACCAGAACACCUAUCCUUGUAUGGCAGCAUUCACAUAAAGGACCACAGAAUACAAAACAUGUCACACAUGCCUCACAUACCACACACUCACACAUAAAUUGGCAUACUGACCUCUAUAUGCAUGUACAGCACGCUCAAGUUUAUACACACACAAAUGAAAAAUACACCCAUGGAUGACGCAGUGUUGCCAGCCCCCCCCCCCCCCGUUUUCCUAUAUUUCAGUGUUUACUGUUGUGUGUUUGCCCUGUUGGAUUAAGGAUUAAAGACCAAAGCCAUUCUGUCAAGACAUUCACCUUCCUAGUCUUUCUUCGUCAGGAGGAUCUGCUUUCACUCCGCGUUACAGCCACAAGGGAAAGAGAUCAGUCAAACCUGUUCCAGUCAUAUUUACCCAAAUGUGUGUGUCUACAAGCUACGAAUACACACACUGGUUAAACAAGCGCCAGCAAACAACUGAGUUUUACCUCCAGCUGGUAUGUCUCUUCAAUUAAACUACAGACACAAAGACAGCCAGCCUGUCCUCUAUCAGUAUUUUCCUUUUUUGAAAAAGACUUUUGCUCUUGAAAUUAAAUUGUGUAGGCUCUGUCACUGUGAAUAAAAAGUGUAAGGAAGUCAGAUUUAUGUUCCACUUGACCUAUUUUAGACCUCAGUGCAUCUGUCUGCAUGUGGCUGUGAUGAUGCUGAAAUAACUGCUGGUGCUGUUUGACACAAGCUUAACACAUUACCAUACAACACUCUCGUGGGUCCCCAACCUACAAAGCACCCACUCCAAAAUUUACAUUUUUUUUCUUUUUUUUCUUUCGCUAACGCUUGUCAUGUCACAUUGUGGUAAAAUUGUAUGCAUUGCUGCUUGACAGAAUCACACGGAGGCGGCCCAAUAACAGUCUGGUAGAUUUCCUGGUUUUAUAUGCAUUGUGGUUUCUUUGUAACUUUGCCGUGAAGGAGGGAAGGGUGUGGGUGUGGAGGGGGGUACAUCUGGAGUCAAAGUACAUGCCAAAUAUGAUGUUGGAAAUAGUAUCAGUUAACAUUUCACAAUCUCUGGUGUAUGAUCCGGACGAGACCAAAGCUGGCUGCUACUUCCAUUUCCCCAGAUAACACUGUUCAAGCCAGCAGCAUUUCCUGCACAACACGUCAGCCCAUCUCAGCGACAAAGCACCCAGCCUGACUGCAAUGGUUAAAUAAAUGAUACCAGAUGGAAAGAGAAAAUAAACCCUGCGUGCCUAGAACUGCGGCCCUAGAGAAAUGCCAGCAAAGAAUAAAGACUGACACACCUAAGUCAGACCUUGAACUGAAAAAGCUUUAGCUGUUUUAGCUUUGUGAUGCUUCGGACACUGUUGCGCUUGAUGAAAAUCUGACAUCAGCUGCGACUUGACAUGUCUGAUAAAAUUUUAAAUUCAUUUGGGAAACUCCUAAUCUCGCAUUUGAGCGACUUCAACUUUCUUUUCCUUGUGAGGAGCUUAAGUAGUGCUGGACAACAUGGAAAAUAUCACGAUAAUCAUGGGGAAUUCCCUCCCCCUUUUUUCUCCCCAGUUGUACUUGGCCAAUUAUCCUAUUUUCCGAGCUGCCCCGGUUGCUUCACCACCCCCUCUGCCAAUCCGGGGAGGGCUGCAGACUACCACAUGCCUCCCCCGAUACAUGUGGAGUCGCCAGCUGCUUCUUUUCACCCGACAGUGAGGAGUUUCGCCAGGGAGACGUAGCGCGUGGGAGGAUCACGCUAUCCCCCCACCCUGAACAGGUGCCCCAACUGACCAGAGGAGGCGCUAGUGCAGCGGCCAGGAGACAUACUACAUCCGGCUUCCCACCCGCAGACAUGGCCAAUUGUGUCUGUAGGGACGCCCUGACCAAGCCGGAGGUAACACGGGGAUUUGAACCUGCGAUCCCCGUGUUGGUAGGCAAAGGAAUAGCCCGUCAUGCUACCUGGCCGCCAAUCAUAGGGAAUUUUACACAAUAUCAACAUAUCUGCUUACAUAUGGAGAAAACACCGGGUUUAAGAGUCCAGCUGAAGCUUAUCACCUUUAAACUGUUUGGUAAUGUGAAAUAUAUCAACACUAGCUUUGAGAUAAUACUCCCUGAAAUACUUAAGACUUCCUUUUGUGAGAAGUUUUAGGGAUUCUUGCUAUGAUUAGACAACCGCCAUCCAAAUUUCAUCCGGAUACAAUACCACUGGGGGGGAAAAAUGGUAAAGGGUAGUACUGAAAUUGAUAAAACUGAAUUAUUGCCCAGCCCGAAGCUUAAGCAGCUGCAAACGGGGGAACACCAACGGCAAGAUGAGCCGAAUGAGGUUGUUUUACGGAUGCUUUGUUUGGCCUGGUAAGUCCUUGGCAGCACGACUCCUGCAGUAGUAGCUGUAACAGCAUUUGGUCAGACAGACAAGGCAGGCAGGAAGAGAAUUAUCUUAUAAAAUUACAUUAUAAAAUUACAUGAUGAAAUUAUAUUUUAAAAUUACAUUAUGAAAU